UAAUACGUCAUUAUACAGAAGGGAGUAUUUUAAAUUUCUUUUGUGUAUCGAGAUAGUUGACAAUAAGACUUAAUUUGUAUUUGCUACGUGUACACAUAGCUUCCUUUAUGCAAAUGCAUCGUCUCAAUGUACACCACAAUAACAUGCCGUGAUAAUUCUACCGGAACUUGCCACGGGACCUAUUUUCUGGUGCUAUUAGGUCGCAACAGUCCGCGGGAAGAUAAGCUGCGCAAUUUAUAUUCAGACUAUGUCCGCGAUUAUAAUUUGUAUUUUCGACCUGAAUAGUUCUCAAGGAGACCAGCAACGCAAAUUAUGACGAUGAUUAUUAAUGUUACUGAUCGGGUGCCGAAGGUAUUAUAAUGUUAAUAUGGUACUAAAGACAUUGGACUGAAGAAAAGCCGAGAAAAGAUGUCCACAUUCCGGACCUGCGCGCUUCUUAUUUCACAAACCCCUUGCGAUAAACUUCGUUAUUUGCAUAUCCGGUGCCUAAACAAAUUCCGCGAGUGAGCGUGCUAUGGUGGAUAAGGGUUUCGUAUAUAAGGAAAGGAACGGUAGUAGACCUGCAGUGUCAAACUACGUGGUAGUCUAGCUCAAGACAAAGGCUCUCAAUGACAAUGGUCCCAAGGCAAAUGGUCCUGCUGUUCGUAGCGAUCGGCCUUAGUUUUGGACUGCCAGCUAAAAGCCAUCGUGGAACACAUGGUCACCCUAUUCCGCCUGAGCCAAGAUUCGACGGCGUUUUCGACCGUGAUCACAAUCACGAGGAAAUCGCUAAUGACGUAAAAUCCUGGAGCCCGAAUAAUCUGCAAAAUGUUUGGGAAUUAAGCGGUUUACACGAAGGUGACAUAAUGAUCCAUCCCGAUAGUCCAUCGUGGAAAAAUGGUCUCCUAGAUUCUACAGCACGAUGGCCUGGCGGUGUUGUACCCUAUUUUAUACAAGAAGAUGACUUUGAUCGGGAACAAAUUGAGUUGAUCAAAGAAGCCAUGCAGGAAUACCAUGAGAGAACCUGCUUGCGUUUUCGACCCUACAAGGAUACCGACAACGAUUACGUGACGAUACAGGCGAAAAUGUCGGGCUGCUGGUCGCUGGUAGGUCGUCACGGUCAUGGACAGGUGUUGAAUCUACAGAAUCCAGGAUGCGUUCAUCAUGGCGUUGUCGUGCACGAGCUCAUGCAUGCCUUAGGCUUUUAUCACCAGCAGAGCGCCGCGGACCGAGACGAGUGGGUCACCAUACAUUGGGAGAACAUCAAGUCGGGUAAAGAGCAUAACUUCAACAAGUACGACAAUCGCACUGUCACCGAUUAUGGUAUCAGCUACGAUUACAAGAGUGUCAUGCACUAUAGCUCCCACGCGUUCUCUAGGAAUGGAGAACCUACUAUUACGCCGAAGAAAGAGAAGGUGCAACUUGGUCAGCGAGACGGACUCAGCGAAAAGGACGUGGCCAAAGUACAAGCGAUGUAUAAAGAGCAAUGUGGCGACAACGGAGGCAACUCUGCUGAAUCCUCCGAAGAAAUUUCUAUAGGAUGGAUAUUCGAUUAA